UCAUGAGCGAUUGGAUGAGGUGAAGCUUUAUAAUCUGGAUUGUGUUGAAGACAAUUUUAGUAAAUAUUAGGUUCACGAAGAAAAAUACAUCUUUGCUGCAACUGAUUUGGACAAGUCAUGAGUGGAUGUCCAUACUUUGAGAAGAGGCAUUUGUUAUUCAAAAACAAGCCUCCCAAAACAGAAGAAGAGGAGGAUGCCUCUCAGGUAGGGGUUAACAAGGCCAGUAACGGAGGAAUCAUCUAUGGAGACUACCUGCAGCUUGACAAAAUAGUCUCAGCCCAGGUGCUACAGAGUGAACUCAAGGGUAAUAAGAUCCAUGAUGAGCACCUCUUCAUUGUUACUCAUCAAGCCUAUGAACUAUGGUUUAAACAGAUUUUGUUUGAACUUGACUCAGUGCGAGAGAUCUUCAUCAGUGGACAUGUCAGAGAUGAACGUAAUAUGCUCAAAGUCAACACUCGUAUUCACAGGAUUGUAAUGAUCUUCAGACUGUUGGUCGACCAGUUUGUGGUUUUGGAAACAAUGACAGCCUUGGACUUUUUUGACUUUAGGGAAUACCUGUCUCCAGCCUCUGGAUUUCAAAGCCUUCAGUUUCGGCUCUUGGAGAACAAAAUCGGAGUCCCGGACAACCAGAGGGUUCCAUACAACAGACGCCACUACAGGGACAAUUUCAAGGGUCAUGACAGUGAGAUGCUGCUCACCACUGAAAAGGAGCCAACACUCUUAAAACUAGUUGAAGAGUGGCUGGAGAGAACUCCUGGCUUGGAGGUGGAUGGAUUCAAUUUCUGGGAAAGGCUGGAAAUCAAUAUAUUUGAUGGGCUGAAUCGGGAGAUGGAGAAAAUUGAGAAAAUGCCAGAUUCUGAGGAGAAGGAGGAACUGAUGGCUGAGCUGGUCAAACAGAAAGAGCUGUUCACUUCUCUGUUUGAUGAAAAGCGUCAUGAUCAUCUUCUCAGUAAAGGUGAAAGGCGGCUCUCUUACAAGGCUCUCCAAGGUGCCCUGAUGAUCUACUUCUACAGGGAAGAACCGAGGUUCCAGGUACCUUUCCAGCUGCUCACAUCCCUCAUGGAUAUUGACACCCUCAUGACAAAAUGGAGAUACAAUCACGUAUGCAUGGUGCAUCGUAUGAUUGGCAGCAAAGCCGGCACAGGGGGCUCUUCUGGCUACCACUACCUGAGAUCCACUGUCAGUGACCGCUACAAAGUGUUUGUGGAUCUGUUCAACCUGGCAACAUUCCUGGUGCCUCGCCACUGGGUGCCCAAGCUAAAUCCCAACGUGCACACGUUCCUCUACAUGGCCGAAUGCUGCGACAGCUCCUACUGCAGCAGUGAAGACUCAGAUUAGGGGCUGUGGAUGACAUCAGGUCAAUGUACCUGAGAUGUACUUGAGAAAGCCCAUAUGCAUUGAAAAACUGUACAUUUUCUCAAGAAAUCAGGGCAGUAUUAAAUACAUCCUGUUUUUUCCGCACAAAAUACUCAAAUACUACAUAGGAUGAUGAAAGAAACAAUAAUAGCAUUUUGUCAGAGGGAAGGAUCAAUUAAUAUGGCUGACAAUGUAAACCAUCACAAUAUUUAUGGUAUUAUUGGUUGGGAUUUUUAGAAAAUCUACUUUUCUUGGAAGUACUGGGAUUGUAAAUACAGAAAAAUAACAAUGUGUUCAUUUUGUUAAUGUCAAGCAAGGAGAAAAAUCUCAUUGUGUCGCUAAAAGCAUUCCAAACAUCCCCCAGGCUGAAGCACCAAGGGUCAAAACCUAGAAACUUGCGACGCAGUGUUUGACUCUUGUCUGACCCGGAAUAAAUUACAUGGCCAGAUUAGACUAUUUUACUCUAAUAUCUAACCUCAAGUGGUCACAAAGUAUUGCAGAUGGCUCCUUGAUACGAUCUGUUUAGAUGUUUUCACAAUAAAAUUAUGUAAAUUCA